GCAGAGCACAAACGGUUAUUUAUGACUUCAUCAGCUGUCAAAAUCAUUUGAUGAUGUCAUGAAUGAGCUACUUUGAUGCACUUUCAUUGAAGUAUCUUAUCUGCAAAGGUGGAAUUUCGAACAAAAUAAAAUUUCGUAAAAAUGGUCGUUAGAAAUAAUGAAAAUUUAUAUUCCAAAGCACCUAAAUCUCAUAUACCUGGAUAUACUGGAUUUUGUCCACAAUUAAAGUUUACUAUAGGAAAAACUUUUGGGCAUGCAACAGAGAAAACAUUGAAAGAUGAUGAUAUUAAUCCUUACCUUACAAAUACAGAGAAAUCUUUGUUGAGACGGAAAUAUCCAACUUUUGAAGAAAGACUUCAAAAUAACAAUGACCAAAUUUUGGAAAAGAGACGAAAUUCUCCAGGAAACAUAUUUCAAGAAAAUAUGAUCUCUGGUUAUACAGGCUGUAUUCCUUGUCUUCAAAAUUAUCACGGGCAAACCUUUCGAAAUAUUUGGCGAGACAGUCUGACAGAAUUUGAAUAUAACCAAAUAAAGAAUAAUUUGAGAAGGCAACAACUGGGUUUUGAACCAAGCUCACAAGUUUGUGAUGUAAAGUGUCAUUCUGGUUUUCUGAAACUCCCAGAAGUUCCCACCCUAAGUAUGACACAGACCGCACCUGACUUUCUUCCUUUUUACUCUAAGACUCAAACCAGACCACAUAUAUCAGUUUUACAGAGAGAUAAUAUUGAUCCACAGAAAUAUCAUAUACCUGGAUAUGCCGGAUUUGUACCUCGUUAUCGACCAUUGAUAGGAAGGGUAUAUCCAGAGCUGACACAUCAAGCUUUGUGCCAAUUUACUGAUGAAAUGGAAAGAAGAGAAAUGAAACCUACAACUGCAGCUGCAAGUGAAUGUAAGAAAGGCCUUGCAGACACAUAUAUUUAUCCAGAAAAAAGUUCCAUUGUACCAAUGUAUACAGGACAUAUUCCAGGUUUACGAGAUUCUUUUGGGAAAACAUUAGGCAACAAUACUUAUGAUAUAAGAAACCAACUAAUUAAUGAGGGAAUCAUAAAAUACUGAAUACAGAAAGAUGUUGAAUGGUUUGGUCAUUUUGCAAGGAAAGUAAAGAGUUAAUAUUUAAGCUGUAAAGAACACUAACAAAUCCAGUAUAAAAUCAUUUUCCUUUAAAGAGU